CAGAAAGCAACGGAGAGGGAAAUCAUCCUGCAACAGACGCGGCUCUAUUUGAAUUUGUCAGGGGUCGUCUUUAAGCCCUCACGCGGGGCGACGACUUCCCUAGACUCAAUCAUAGUUCAGUCCAUCAUGUUCAAUCUUUCCACCAAACCCAAGGGCACUCAUUGGGGUGAGAAUCAAUCUCACCUCCUUCCCGAUAUGCAUAAGUUUAGAACGAGCGGAGGGAAGAGGAACCCUCCUUGGACACCAUGUCUGUUCCUGGCUAGCAUCCAACGACGCAGGAAAGACUCACUUGUUACCCAUCCCCUUAAUCCACCAGCACUCGCCCGUGGUAUCAGUAAAAUCCUUUUUAUGAUGAGCACAUGCGCUAAACUUCCCAGCCAAGCCAAAAGAAGCUCUAGCUCCUUAAUUGGUACGGUCUCCCUUGAACGUUCAGAAAUGAUAGGCUGCACCUCUUUACGGCCUAGUUCCGAAAUAACUGCAUGCAGCUUGGACACUGAACGCCCAGCAAGCUGGAGCCUGGACGUUGGGUUCAGAUAUUUUCCCAAGGCGGCCUUUGUGACCCAACAUCGCAGAGCCUGUUGAGAACUCAAAUUGUCGCAGGCUCAAUGGAUCGACUAAAGACCCGGGCUGUUACCCUGAUAACGAUGAUAAAAUCUUCACAGCUCAUCCCGUCACCCGUGCGUUGAUCAUGGUCGCAGCAGACGGCCGCGAUUUGAGGCUUAAACUGGAGGGAAAAUGAGGUUGGAAACGACCAGUCAGGAUUGGGUUUUUGUGGCCUUAACCCCUGUCAAGCCGAUCGAAUUGAGAUCGGCCACAAAAUGACAGGAUCCUCGGCCAAGCUCGGGCAGAACCCUCCGAAGUAUGAUUCUGACCAAAGGUGUGCCUGCGCAGGUUAGACAUUUUCGGAGAAGGAUACGCACAAUCUGGUCGUUCCUAACCUGCUGACUGCUUCAGCACGAAA